CCAUAGGUGGGGUGCCAAACCCAACUCCCUUCUCACAGCAGUAGCCGUGCGUUUUUGUUCUUUCAUCGUCUCCUUUCUUUGCCCGCAAAUCUCCUCUGGUUCUCACGCCGGUAGUCGUACGUUUCUGUUCUUUCAACUUUGUCUUCAACUCUUCAUCAAUUCAUCUUCUGUUCGCCCUGUAUUUCGUCGUCGUUACGAGACUUGUACUAGAAAUAACAUCCAUGGAUCCGCAGGGCCAGACAACUUCUUUGCAGCGACUUCAGAAUGUGGAAAAGGUAAAUUUUCAUAGCAUUAAGAAGAAGCAAUGUUGCUGGCUGUUUGUUCUAAUUGAUUUUGUUCUUGGUGAUGUGCAGAGAAUUGUCAAGGUUUUAGAGCUUGCAGGAGGAGUUAUGGAUGAGCUUGCAAGCCCACUUGGUCCUCGGAAAGAUGUGGUCCAAAAUCACUGUCUUGAAUUCAUGCAAUUAAUCAAGGACAUCCAGGUGGCGUUGCGUGAUGAAAUCAAAAGUGCUUGUGAAUAUCGCCCUUUUGAGAAAUGUGAUUAUGGUUCAAGAAUAGCCAAUGAGAUUUGUUACCAGAAGGUGGAAUUUGUCAUGUCACAAUUGGAUGCCAUGAAACAAACUAUAGAUGAGUAUCAUGCAGCAGUCUGAAAUGAUGUAGUUUAGUUCCCUUUUGGAAGCCAGUUCUACGUCCUGGUUUAAAAAUUCAGUGAUUUGAGGUUUCUUGAUACAGGACAAGUUGUUUAUGGAUAAUAGAAGAUAAUAAAUUCGAAGAGAUUUUCUACUAUUUGCUUCUCACAAUGCUUGUAUGACUUUCUUUUUAUUUAGUUCAUGGACUAUUUGGACAAUA